GAGCAAAGCUAGUGUUUGUUUGCCAACCGCUUUGAGGAAGAAGAAGCGGUAGAAUAUGCUGUACCAGGAGGUGGCAGUAAUGAGCAAAGCUAUUGUUUGCCAACCGCCUUGAGGAGGAAGAAGAAGAAGAAAAAAGACACUGUACCAGGAGGGUUUUUUUUUAGACGACACAUAUCAGAUUAGACAAGUACAUACACGUGUCAGGGUACAAUAUAACUACAUAUAAGAUACUCCAAUAAUACUAAAGCCCAGAGAACUGUACUUUUGUAUGAAACUAUUGUAUAGCUGUACCAGCAGGUGGCAGUAAUGAGCAAAGCUAUUGUUUGCAAACCACUCUGAGGAAGAUGAAGAAGAAGAGCGGUAGAACACGCUGUACCAGGAGGUGGCAGUCAUGAGCAAAGCUAUUGUUUGCCAACCGCUUUGAGGAAGAAGAAGCGGUAGAAUAUGCUGUACCAGGAGGUGGCAGUAAUGAGCAAGGCUAUUGUUUGCCAACCGCCUUGAGGAGGAAGAAGAAGAAGAAAAAAAGACGCUGUACCAGGAGGGGUUUUUUUAGACGACACAUAUCAGAUUAGACAAGUACAUACACGUGUCGGGGUACAAUAUAACUACAUAUAAGAUACUCUAAUAAUGCUAAAGCCCAGAGAACUGUACUUUUGUAUGAAACUAUUGUAUAGCUGUACCAGCAGGUGGCGGUAAUGAGCAAAGCUAUUGUUUGCCAACCGCCUUGAGGAGGAGGAAGAAGAAGACGCAAAAGCGGAAGGAAACAGCUUCAGUCGUAAACAAAGUGACUCGGUCUAAAAUGAACAAUUUGGACAGUUUGAAUACGUUUUUGACAGAACGGUUAAUGACAGUCGCUGGAGAGAUUUUCCAAGUGUUUAAAGAGGCGUUUAGUGAAUAUCAGGGUGAAAUAGAGCGGAUUAAACAGGAGAACCGGUGUCUGAGAGAAGCGCUGGCUGAAAUCUACAACAGUGUCCAGGAGAGAGCAGGUACUCACUUCUUCCGGCUCAUUACAGUCACAAACAACACGAGACAGGAUGAGAAGCACAGUUUAAACCAGAGAGCCCUGAACACUGACUCCUCCCUUAUCCAAGUGAACCUGGAACUGGAAACUCGUCCAAAGAAAUCUGAUCCACACCAGUCUCAAAGUCAUCCACACACAUGCACGUCAAAGCUCGCGAACACUGCUCGUGACCUGGACCCGAAUUCGAGCUUUUCAGAAAAAACUGAGCUGAAGGAUGAAAACGAGGACAGCACCAACAUCACGGUGAAAGUAGAGCCGUGCGCGUCCCAAGCCGUCUUCUGCCCUGAAGCUAAUCAAGCACGAGACCAGCAAGAGCCUCUUUCUUGCACUUACUGUGACCAAAUGUUCACUGAGAUUUCUCAGCUGGCAUCACACGUACAGAGCCACAUGGCGUUGUAUACCUGUGCAGUCUGCGGAAAAGCCUUCAAGCAAAAAGGCACUCUGAAAACGCACAUGAUCGUGCAUCAGAAAGAAAGACCUUUUGGCUGCGGUUACUGUAAAAAGCGGUUCAAGCUGAAAAGCCAUCUGAAAGAGCACGAGAGGAUACACACGGGUGAAAAGCCUUUCAGCUGCCCGGUGUGCAGGAUGUGUUUUACUCGCUCCAAUCCGAUGAAGAUACACCUUCGGAAUCAUCAUCAGGAGCAGUUACAAGUCAACCAAUAGAGCAGGGUGGCAAAUUAGACUUGUGGAUAAAUUAAUUUCAUUGUCUGUUCUUCAUGUUUGUUUCUUUUUAUUACUUUGCCUGCCUUUACGAAGGCACCUCAGUGGCUAGUUUUAUUUUCAAGUCCUCAUAGUUUUGCUGAAUAUAACAGAGGUACAAAUGAUUUGUUCUUUAUAUGUUUAACUACUGAUUUAUUCUUUUGUUAUUCUAGCUUGUUUGCAAUCGUGAAAUUCAGACGGAGGGCAGGAAGUGAAGAAUCUAUAUACUGUGCACAUUGAAAAUGGAAGAACGUCAGGAUGUAAAAGGGGUCGUGGAUGAUUAUGCACUCAGGAGGUGGUGUCGGAGAACUGAAACACAUCGUGGAUGUGACCCAUACAGAAUGAAACAAAGCACUCAGGCAGGUUAAAUAAAAGAAAUAGCAAAGUGAUGGCUUGUUGAUCGAUAUUGAUGGUGCAAACCGGAGGCAUCGCUGCAGGGAUGGUGGUGGUUGUUAACUUGCCUCACUGACAUCCUGCGAUCCUGGAAAGUGCGUCGCUUUGAUGUCAUAUGCAAAGAAACUAUUGUCUACUUACAGUCCAUGCUCAGCAAAUAGCACUCUUAUUUACUUUGAGUCUGAAUUCUACUGAUAAAUAUACAGGGUUCUUUUUUUUUUAUCCGGGAGACAGAAGUUUUACAUGUUUUGUAUGCAUUUUAUAGAGAACUCAAUAUGGAUGGUGUACACUUUAUUAAACAUUAAACCAA